AUGAAAGAAGAAGAUGGGAUUGUGGAGAGAAGUGAGAGGUUGGUGGUUAGGAGUGGGAGUGGUGGCGGUAGUGACUCGAGGUGGGUUGAUGGAAGCGAAGUGGACUCAGAGUCACCUCCAUUUUCGAUGCUUUCUGAAAAUAUUGGCAGAGAAGGAUAUGGAUCUCUCAGGAGAAGGCUUGCCAAGAAGCCCAAGAGAGUUGAUUCUUUUGAUGUUGAAGCCAUGGAGAUUGCUGGUGGUGGUAGCCACCAUUCUAAGGAUGCUUCUGUUUGGAGCACUCUUGCUUUAGCAUUCCAAACUCUCGGUGUGGUCUAUGGUGACAUGGGCACAAGCCCUUUAUAUGUCUUCGCUGAUGUGUUCAGCAGGGUGAAAAUCGAAUCGGAUGUUGAUGUCUUGGGGGCUUUAUCAAUAGUGAUCUAUACAAUUGCGCUUAUACCCUUAGCGAAAUAUGUUUUUGUAGUUCUCAAAGCCAAUGAUAAUGGAGAAGGAGGAACAUUUGCAUUGUACUCGCUGAUAUGUAGGUAUGCAAAGGUUAAUCUGCUGCCAAAUCGUCAGCCAGCUGAUGAACACAUUUCAAGUUUUAGGCUCAAAUUACCCACUCCAGAGUUGAAAAGGGCUUUGCGUAUAAAAGAGACUUUAGAAAGGAGAUCAUUCUUGAAGACUCUCCUAUUAUUGUUCGUUUUGAUGGGAACUUCAAUGGUUAUAGGGGAUGGUAUUCUAACCCCAGCAAUAUCAGUGAUGUCUGCUGUGAGUGGCCUGCAGGGUGAAGUUCCAGGGUUUGGUACAACUGCUGUGGUUGUUGUUUCAAUCAUAAUCCUCGUGGUAUUGUUCAACAUACAGAGGUUUGGGACUGGCAAAGUGGGUGUCAUGUUUUCUCCUAUACUUGCUUUGUGGUUUUUCAGUCUUGGAUCUAUUGGAAUUUACAAUCUAGUGAAGUAUGAUAUUACCGUCUUGAAGGCAUUCAAUCCUGCUUAUAUUUAUUUUUUCUUCAAGAAGAACGAUAAAGAAGCGUGGUUAGCUCUUGGUGGUUGUGUUCUGUGCAUAACAGGAGCCGAAGCAAUGUUUGCUGAUUUAGGACAUUUCUCUGUACGAGCCAUACAGAUUGCCUUCAGUUUUGUGGUGUUCCCCUGCCUUCUCUUAGCUUACCUUGGCCAAGCAGCUUACCUGAUGAAAUACCCUGAUUCUGCGUCUAGAAUAUUCUAUAAUUCUGUGCCAGGUAUUCUUUUCUGGCCAGUCUUUGUGGUAGCCACCCUUGCUGCAAUGAUUGCCAGCCAAGCGAUGAUAUCUGCUACAUUUUCAUGUGUUAAGCAAUCCAUGGCUCUUGGAUGCUUUCCAAGGCUGAAGAUAGUUCACACCUCAAGGAGGCGAAUGGGCCAAAUUUACAUCCCUGUUAUCAAUUGGUUUUUAAUGAUCAUGUGCAUAGUUGUAGUUUCCAUCUUCCAGAGCACGACAGAGAUUGCCAAUGCAUACGGAAUAGCUGAAGUUGGUGUCAUGAUGGUGAGCACCACCUUGGUGACACUUGUAAUGCUUCUCAUUUGGCAGACCAACUUGUUUCUGGCUCUGUGUUUCCCCCUUGUAUUUGGAUCAGUAGAGUUUAUCUACUUGUGUGCAGUUUUAUCGAAAAUCUUUGAGGGUGGAUGGCUGCCACUUGUUUUUGCCAUUUGCUUCCUCUGCGUGAUGUACACUUGGAACUAUGGGAGUGUGUUGAAGUACCGAAGUGAGGUCAGGGAGAAGAUAUCCAUGGACUUCAUGACCGAUCUUGGCUCCACUCUUGGGACCGUGAGAGUCCCAGGAAUUGGAUUGCUGUAUAGUGAGCUUGUCCAAGGCAUCCCAUCCAUUUUUGUGCAAUUCCUUCUUAGCCUACCAGCUAUCCAUUCUACUAUAGUUUUUGUAUGCAUUAAGUAUGUCCCAGUCCCAGUGGUCCCUCAGGAAGAAAGGUUUCUGUUUCGAAGAGUUUGCCCAAAAGACUACCAUAUGUUCCGCUGUAUAGCCCGAUAUGGUUACAAAGAUAUUCGGAAGGAAGAUCAAUAUGCAUUUGAACAACUUCUUGUUGAAAGCCUGGAGAAGUUUUUGAGGAGGGAGGCUCAAGAUCUUGCCUUGGAGAGCAAUUUAAAUGAUUCAGACAUUGACGAUGUUUCACCCAGAUCAUGGGAUUCUGGAGUCCCAGGAGGUGAUGAGAUUGAGGAACUUAAAAUUCCAUUGAUGCAUAAUGGAAGAUUGCAAGACGUAGGAACUUCUACCUCAGAAGAAACUACUGCUGGUACAGCAUUACCGUCCAGUGUGAUGCCAUCAGAUGAAGACCCAAGUCUGGAGUAUGAGCUCUCUGCUCUUCGAGAAGCAAUCGACUCGGGAUUUACUUAUUUGCUUGCACAUGGAGAUGUGAGAGCAAAGAAGAACUCAUUUUUCUUCAAGAAGCUAGUCAUAAACUACUUCUAUGCAUUCUUGAGGAGGAACUGCAGAGCAGGUGCUGCAAACAUGAGUGUACCUCACAUGAAUAUCAUUCAAGUGGGAAUGACUUACAUGGUAUGAUUUGUUUAUGACUUACAGAAUUGUCUCAUUUUAUUGGAUAUUUAUUUGCAACCUCUGUGAGACUACACUGUAAGAGAAUUAUUACAUCAUAAUUGGCUGCCUGUUGCCACUUUUAUACAAUCAUCCUUUGUUGGUUAUUGCAGCCCUUUACAAAAUGGUCUGUGUCUUUCCCUUC